AUGCCUCCUAGGCAGCCUUGCAGACAAUGUGGGAGAUAUCAUAUAGGUGCGUGUCGCAUGGGAACAGAUGUUUGUUAUUGGUGUGGUAUGCCAUGGCAUGUAAUAAAAGAUUGCCCAAGAAGACGCAGGGGUGAUAUGGCACAACCUACUGGAUCAGCUGUUGCAUUAUCAUCAUCAGUGCCUCCAUCAAGUAGAGGUGAGCAAUUUCCUAUAGGUCGCGGCAGAGGUAUUAGAGGGGCAGCUAGUUCCAGCGUGGCCCAAAAUCGCACAUAUGCUCUAGGGACUCGACAGAACCUGGAAGCUUCACCCGAUGUGGUUAUAGGUACAUUGUCCAUCUUCUCACAUAAAGCGUAUGCAUUAAUUGACCCUGGUUCUACAUUGUCAUAUAUUACUCCAUUAGUUGCUGGGAAGCUUAGUAGAACACCUAAAUUAUUGAAUCAACCACUUGCGGUGUCUACACCAACUGGGGAGUCAAUUAUAGCUAGAAGAGUCUAUUGUGACUGCAUAGUGACUAUCUGCGACCGAGAUACAUUAGCUGAUCUUAUCGAGUUAGAAAUGGGAUAUAUAUGUCAUCUCGUUAGAGUGAGAGAUGUGGAGGCAGAAUCACCAACUAUCCAGUCUGUUCCAAUAGUGAAUGAAUUUAUUGAUGUCUUUCCUGAGGAACUCCCUGGUUUGCCUCCAGAACGAGAAAUAGAUUCUGGUAUUGACUUAUUACCAGGCACUGAGCCUAUCUCUAUCCCUCCAUAUAGAAUGGCCCCGGCAGAAUUACGUGAAUUAAAGGAGCAACUGAAAGACUUGUUAGAAAAGGGGAAAGCAAAUGUGGUGGCUGAUGCUCUAAGUCGUAAGACACUCAUGGGUACCAGUGAUCAGAAAGGGGUAAAGCAAGGCAUGGCUAAGGAUCUGCGUCAACUAGCCAAUCUGGGUGUUCGUCUACUCGAAACUCCAAGGAAGGAUAUUAUUGUACAUAAUGCUACCGAUUCUUCAUUGAUAAGGGAAGUGAAAGAAAAACAGUGUUAUGAUCCUAUUCUACAAUGCCUUAAGGGGAAAGUAAGUCAGGGUAUAAUGAAGGAGUUUAGGCUUACACAAGAUGGAGUACUUUAUUGCCAAAAUAGAUUGUGUGUGCCUGAUGUUAAUAGACUCAGAAGGAGAAUAAUGGAAGAAGCCCAUCAUUCAAGAUAUUCCAUCCACCCAGGAUCUACUAAGAUGUAUCAUGAUCUAAAGGGAGUGUUUUGGUGGGGAGGCAUGAAAAAGGACCUUGCAGAGUUUGUGGCUCAAUGUCCUACUUGUCAACAAGUCAAAGUAGAGCACCAAAAGCCAGUUAAUAAGUUUGACUCCAUAUGGGUGAUAGUUGAUAGACUCACGAAAUCAGCACACUUUCUGCCUGUAAGAAGUGAUUAUACAGCUGAAGAAUAUGCCAAAUUAUACCUCAAAGAGAUAGUUAGGCUACAUGGGGUCCAACUCUCUAUUAUAUCUGAUCGAGGAGCUCAAUUCACGGCAAAAUUUUGGAAGUCCUUUCAAAGGAGUUUAGGGACGCGAGUGAAUUUGAGUACAGCCUUCCAUCCCCAAACAGACGGCCAAGCAGAGCGUACUAUUCAAACACUUGAGGAUAUGUUACGAACCUGUGCAUUAGAUUUUAAAGGUGACCCCUCUCGUAUCACUCCUAUAGAAGAUGUACAGGUCACAGAGGAUCUUACUUAUGAAGAGGUACCGGUUGCUAUUCUAGAUCGCCAAGUUAAAAAGUUAAGGAACAAAGAAAUGGCAUCAGUAAAGGUACUCUGGAGAAACAACCAAGUAGAAGAGAUAACGUGGGAACCGGAGGAAGUAAUGAUAUCCAAAUACCCUCAUCUAUUUGAAGACAGGGAGGGACCAAAAGAUACAGAGGAGGAACAUUAA